AAACAACAACAAUGUCUCAAAACCCAGACCCCCGCCUCCACCCCUUCCACCACCUCCAAACCCCCUACAAAACCAUCAACAACCAACCCAUCCAAACAGACCUACUAAUCCCCAAAUCCUUCCCUCACCCCGCCCCUCCCCUCCCAAUAAUCAUCCACUUCCACGGCGGAGGCUUAAUAUGCGGCUCCUCCCUCUACGCACCCUGGUUCCCAACCUACCUAACCGACCUAGCCCGGAGCACACCCGCGAUCCUCCUCUCCCCAAACUACCGGCUCCUCCCCGAGGCCACAAUCCAGGACGUAUUCGAAGAUAUCCUCGAUUUCUGGACCUGGUUACUGCACUCCCCGGACGUAUCUGCGCUGCUUCCGGAGGGGAUCGAUAUCGACCGGUCCCGCGUCCUUACGGCUGGUGAAUCUGCGGGCGGGUAUCUGAGUCUCUGUCUUGCGUUGCAUUGUCCCGGGGAGGUUCGUGGGGCGGUGGCAGCUUAUCCUGCUUUUCUUGGGUUGGUGCCUGUGUCUUCGCUUCUGGUUAGGGAGCAAGGGGAGGAGCUGCGAUACCACCACGUCCUCCUCGACACGGCUCUGCGCCACGCCCGCGAAGGCCUCAACUCCGUUCGCUCGUUCACGGAUCUCCCUGAGCGGAUUGAGCUGAUGGAUGCGGUUAUGAAGACCGGGCGGAUGCGGGAGAUCUUCGAGCGUUGUGGUGGGGUUGAGGAGGAUUUGAGGUUGCGGUAUCCGAUGGCCAAGUUGGAUGAUCCUGCUCUCAGGAUUCCGAGGGCCGGGAUUGUGAUUCUGCAUGGUGAGGGGGAUGAGGUUGUGCCUGUUGCGGAGAGUGUUGGGUUUGUGGAGAAGGCGAGGAGGGUUUUGGGGCCUGUGGAUGGUGAGAAGGUGCGGUUGGUGGUUCGGGAAGGCGGGCAUGGGUUUGACGUCGAGGUUGGGUUGCGGGAGGGGUGGCUUUGGGAGGGAUUGAGGGGGGUGGUGGAGGGGUGGUUGGAUUGA